GCAGGGCGGCCGGGCAGGGGCGGCCUUGCAGCGCAGGAAUGAAGCUGCGGGCCGGGGUGGGCAACCUUCGUGGGAUUACAUCCCCCCUCUCCGUGGUGGACUCGGCUGCAAAAAAUCCAAGUCCCCCUUUAUCCGUAGUCUUUCCCACCCAGGCUGUGGUGAGGCGGCUUCCCGCUCCCGCUCGCAUGGCGGACAAGAAGGUAGUGGUGGUGUUUGGAGCCACAGGUGCCCAGGGGGGCUCAGUGGCCCGGACCCUCUUGGAAGAUGGGACAUUCAGGGUUCGGGCUGUAACCCGGGACCCUGGGCAGAAGGCAGCAAAGGAACUGAGGCUGCAAGGUGCAGAAAUCGUACAGGGAGACCAGGAUGAUGAGGCCAGUAUGAAACUGGCUCUGACCGGGGCUCACGCCACCUUCAUUGUGACCAAUUACUGGGAGAACUGCAGCCAGGAGCAGGAGGUCAAGCAGGGAAAGCUGCUGGCCAAUUUGGCCAAGCGCCUGGGCCUUCACUAUGUGGUCUACAGCGGCCUGGAGAAUAUCAAGAAGCUGACGGCGGGGAGACUGGCAGCAGGCCACUUUGAUGGCAAAGGAGAGGUGGAGGAAUAUUUCCGGGACAUCGGUGUUCCCAUGACCAGUGUGCGGCUGCCCUGCUAUUUCGAGAACCUCCUCUCCUACUUCCUACCCCAGAAAGCCCCGGAUGGAAAGAGCUACUUGCUGAUUUGGCAGCUCGUCAUUCUCUGGGCCAGGUCGGCCUCAGCUUGUCAAGCAUUCCUGUCAGCAGAGUUGGUGUUUGGAGAACCCACCCACCGGUUUCCACAUGAGAAAUGCAGGACAUGGCCAGGCUUGCCCAUGGGUGACCUACCCAUGGAUGGCAUGUCCGUCACCGACCUGGGCCCUGUGGUACUCAGUCUGCUGAAGAUGCCAGAAGAAUACAUCGGCCAGAACCUUGGGCUCAGUACCUGCAGGCACACAGCGGAGGAGUAUGCUGCCCUGCUCUCCAAGCACACUGGGAAGACCGUGCACGAUGCCAAGACAACCCCUGAGGACUAUGAGAAGCUUGGCUUCCCUGGCGCCCAGGACCUGGCCAACAUGUUCCGUUUCUAUGCCUUGAAACCCGACCGGAACAUCGAACUGACCCUGAGGCUCAACCCCAAGGCCAGGACACUGGAUCAGUGGCUGGAGCAGCACAAAGAAGACUUUUCCAGGUUGUGACCCUGCCCACCUCUCAAUGCCAUCUGGGGGGAGGGGAGGCACAGUCACAAUGAUCCUAUCUUAUGUUACAAAAAAGUUAUUUUUUAAAUAAAAACCAUUGUUCUCACA